AUGGUGGCCCGCGGCAAGUUUAGCAAUGUCGAUGACUUCGUUCCAACUAUCAGUGACAGUGAGAACGAAGUCCCCGAUCUAGACGAUUCAGAAGACGAAAGCGUAGUCAAGAAUGAGACUAAAAGUGAUGGAAAGCAAAGCAAGAAACAGAAGUCGAAAUCGAAAGCAGCGGUCGAAAUUGACGAGGAUGUUCAUGAAGAUCUGAAUCCAGGCUUCAAAUUCGACCUUGGUGGAUCCGAACUAUCCACUGGCUUCGAUGGCUGGGCUUUUGAUGGUGACGCAAAAGCUGACGACGCCAAUAAAGAUGUUGAUUUGGAUGGUAUUAUCAGACGGAAGGGUGGUCUCAUCAAACUAGCAGGUACAGAAAAUAGUGACGAGGAAGAGAUGGAAGAAGAGGAGAAAGAAAAUGAAAGUGCAAAUGAGGAGGAAGACGAUGAAGACCUGGCUUUGGAUGGCUUUGGAAUGGGUGCUACUGAAAAGGCAAGAGAAAGUUCUGUCGAUGAGCACAGCGAAAGCGAAACCGGCGGCGAAAGCGAAGAACAAGUUUCUGACGCAGAAGAUGAAAACCCGGAAGAAAACGCUACAGAGGUGCAGUUGGAUGACACAGAAGAGGCCAAGGCAGAGUUUUAUGCUCCCGAUGAGGAGAGUUCCGAGGCUAAAAAGACAGUUCACACAAAUUUCAACUCUUUGUCUCUCUCCCGUCCUGUUUUGAAAGGCUUGGGUGCUCUCAACUACGUGAAGCCUUCCCCUAUCCAGAGCGCCACUAUUCCUAUCGCCCUGUUGGGGAAAGAUAUCAUUGCCGGUGCUGUGACUGGUUCUGGUAAAACAGCCGCUUAUAUGAUCCCAAUUAUCGAGCGGUUGCUUUACAAGCCCGCACAGGUCUCAUCUACCCGCGUAAUUGUCCUUACCCCAACUCGUGAAUUAGCUAUCCAGGUCUCAGACGUUGGUCGUAAGCUGUCCAAGUUCGUUAGCAGUAUUACCUACGGACUAGCAGUGGGUGGUUUGAACUUAAGACAACAAGAGCAGAAUUUGAGAUCUCGUCCAGAUGUAGUUAUCGCUACUCCUGGUCGUCUCAUUGACCACAUCAGAAAUUCCGCUAGUUUUAAUGUCGAGUCCGUCGAGGUUCUAGUCAUCGAUGAGGCUGAUCGAAUGCUGGAAGAAGGGUUUCACGAUGAACUGACGGAGAUCAUGUCCCUCAUCCCAAGCAAGCGUCAAACUUUACUAUUUUCUGCCACUAUGAAUGCCAAGAUCAAUCAACUAAUAUCCCUGUCGCUCAAAAAGCCAGUUAAAAUAAUGAUAGAUCCGCCAAGACAAGUGGCAUCCCAGCUGACGCAAGAAUUUGUCCGUAUCCGUAAGAGAGAAGACUUGAAGCCAGCUCUGCUAUUUCAUCUGAUAAAGAAGCUGGACGAUUAUGGUCAAAAGAGGAUUGUUGUCUUCGUGGCCAGAAAAGAGAUGGCUCACAAGUUGAGAAUUAUUCUCGGUCUGCUAGGCAUGAAAGUUGCCGAGCUACACGGGUCUUUAUCCCAGGAACAACGUCUUCAGGCUGUAAAUGGAUUUAAGACACUUGAAGUGCCGGUACUUAUAUGUACAGAUUUGGCUUCCAGAGGUUUGGAUAUUCCAAAGAUUGAAUUUGUUAUCAACUUCGAUAUGCCAAAAACCUAUGAAAUCUACCUCCAUAGGGUUGGUCGUACUGCCAGAGCUGGUAGGGAGGGUCGUUCUAUCACUUUUGUGGGCGAAUCCUCUCAAGACAGAAAUGUGGUUAAAAGUGCUAUCAAGUCCGCGGAAGAGAACAACAAGCAGGACACUGUGGUGGGAAGAAUGGUUGACUGGACUCGGGUCGAAGAAAUCAACGGACUCAUCUCGAACAAAGAAGAGGUCAUUGGCGAGAUUUUAGAAGAGGAGAAAGAGGAAAAGGAUAUUUUGAGGGCAGAAAUGCAAGUGCGUAAGAGUGAGAACUUGUUAAAGCAUAAAACCGAAAUCUCUUCAAGGCCUAGAAGAACUUGGUUUCAAUCCGAAGCAGAAAAAAAGAAUUCCAAGAUCAUGAACACACUAUCGAAAAAUAAGAAGGAGGUUAACAGUAAGAAGAGAAAAAGAAUGGAGGCCACCGAAGACCGCUCUCGCUCCUAUAAAAAAACUCAGAAGGAUCGUAGCACAGAUCAACAAAGAACAUAUGCCAAGCAAAAGGCAAAAGUCGAUGCUAAAAAGAGAAAGCAAGCGAGAAAAUAG